AUGCAGGCACUAGAGGUCUUCCAAGUUUGUGAGAUCGGGAUCGGAUCGCGAGCCAUCAACCUCGCCAAGGAGCCGCUCUUGCUCUGUUUUUCAGGCAUCUACCUCAAAAACUUUGUUAUUAUCGACUGUGGCCAAAUCACCACCGUGGGCUUUCAAGAUGCCAGUUACUUCCCAUUGGGAUUUCAGAGGUUGGGGCUGCUUGGAACCACGGGAGAGCUGGGGUACGAUAUCAUGGACGUGAUCGCUCUACCCAGCACUUCGAGCUCUGAUAAUAUCGCCGCACUGCUUGACGCAAUUGCGUAA